ACCAAACACUAUCUUCGCCUCUCUCCGUAUAGCUUGUGGAACAUUGUGUGGACUCUCUGCAUCUACACAGGCAUAUGCAAGCACGAAGGGUCUUGGUUUGUUUUCUCGGGGAGCAAGAAGGCCUGGGAAGUUUUCACGAAGGCAUCAGACGCUGAUCUGAUCGCUGAGCAGGAGAUUUGGGCGGCCGUUGAUCCUUACGCGAAGAAAGAAGCAUUUAACUGCAGCAACACUGAUUUUGGGAUCCAGGAGUAUGGAUUCGAGGAAGGGACGAAUGUGGGGAUGAUGAAAGAGAAAAAGAGGGUUUGGGAGGCGAUGAUGAAGGAGAAUCAAGCCGUGUUCGGUGCGGGGACGCUGUGUUCGCUUCCGGCGACCAUAAAUCGUUCAUCAAAUUGGGCAAAACCAAAGAUUGAGGAUAAUUAA